AUGAACCAGUCAGCCAGACCAUCUCAAUCCUCUCAAGGAAGCAGCAACUUACCCACUCAGCCUACUGCUCCACCCACUGCCACUCUGCCUACAGCACCUUGUAUUCCCUUCCUUUGCUAUGAAUGCGGAAAAACUGGUCAUGGAAUCAAUGAAUGUGCAGAUAUGCUUGACUUACUGUCAAAAGGAAUUGGCAAGAAGAAUGACACUGGUUGCUUUGUCAUGUCUAAUGGGUCUAGAAUCAUGCAAUCAAGAGAGGAACCCAUAGCAACUGCUGUACAUUGCACUAUCCCCAAGUCUAACCUCCUCACCACCACUUCUUUUAUGUUCAUUGCUGAAGUAGCUGACUCUGAUUCUGAUUCAGAUAAAAAGCAUGUUUAUAUAGUGGAUCAUCCAGACAGAGUGUCUAAGGAGAAGUGCAAGCAAAUCUUUGAUGGUGUCUACAUUCCUCCUAGGCCAGAUUGGGCCAAAGCUAUAAAAAAAAAGAAGAAAGAAGAAGAGAAGCCUGUUGUUCCAACCAUAGCACCUGCUCCAUCAAAGCCACACAUCUUUGAUAUUGCACAGCCUAUCUUUGAUCCCACUAAUGACAAUGUAAUUAUGGAAGAUACUUCUCAGACCGCCAAGAAGAAUCCCCCUGCCAAUAAAUAG